AUGAACGGCUUCGGUGCUUGCCUUAUUUCUUAUGCCGUUAAUAAGGCGAUAUUGAAGGCCAGUGUUUAUGGAGGUUUAAGCGACACAUUAAAGAGAGAUUUCUUUGAUAUCUACAAAAACACAGCAAAAGUAGCUAGAAAUGUGACAUCCAAACCCGUUUCAGCCGAUAAAGUAACAUACUUCUUAUUCAAAAAAGAGAACCCAACCAAAUUCAUUCAAGUCGAUGCGAAAAAAUUGGACGACCAUUGGAACAAAGAAGCUAAAAUUGUAUUCUUCAUCCAUGGUUGGACCAAUAACAGAGAAGUACAAUGGUAUGAAGAUUUAAAAAAUGCUUUCUUAAAUAGAAAAGAAGAAUAUAAUAUUGUACAAGUUGACUGGAAUGAGCCAGCUAAUGCUAUUUACACUGUUUCUUCCAUCAGUACUUACGAUGUUGGUAAUCACGUCGGUGACUUAAUUAUUGAUCUCCAUAAAAACCAUGGAAUCCCAUUGGAACACAUAAUUUUAGUGGGUCAUUCCCUAGGAGGUCAAAUUUCAGGAUUCAUUGCUAAAAGAGUAUUUAAGGCAAUUGGUAAAAAAAUGUCUAGGAUUAUCGCUUUGGAUCCAGCCGGCCCUCUUUUUAUACAAAGACCAGAAGACAAAAGAUUAAAUCCAACUGAUGCCGAAGUCGUGCAUAUUGUACACAGCGAUGGUGGUACCCUUGGUUACCCCACUUCUAUUGGUACCAUUGAUUUCUAUCCAAAUGGCGGUAGCUCACAGCCAGGAUGCAAGAGAAUCGAUCUCUUAGAUUUCAAGAGCCUUGCGGAACCAUUUUUCUGUGAUCAUAGCAGAGCCUGGGCUUACUUUGUGGAGGCCGUCUUGAACCCAGGAACAAUGUUGGCAAAAAAAUGCAAAGAUUGGUCUUCUUUUAAAGACAACAAAUGUGACAACGUUACUGUAGCUGUUGGUGAUAUUACUACCAUGGAAAAAGAUGAUUUCUUUUUGGAAACCAACAAAGAACCACCAUACACCAAGAAUGGAAAUGGUAAAAAGGGCCUUAGUAGUAAUAUUCUUAGUUUACUUAAGCCCAGAAUUCUGUAA